AUGGCUCAUCAAAAUCCCCAAAGACUAGAUGAAUACGAUCCAAUCUUCGAAGCACUCGAACGUUGCUCCCAGACGUCAUCAUCUUACGAGGGUCAAAGAUCAAGCAAAGUUCCUACCCGUUCCCCUCCUCUCCCUUUGAGUCCAAACUUUCGUCAAAGGGUGGUUUAUAGCUCUGUGGAUGGGAUGGGAGAGGCGAACAUUAGUCAGACUAGUGAAAACCAGACGGUGACUUUGCGCUCUAAAACUCAUGAAAAAGUGCUACCAAUCCCCUUAGUGAAGGAGACACCAGAUGAAUACGAUGCAAUUUUCGAAGCACUCGACCGAUGCUGCCAGACGUCAUCAUCUUACCAGGGUCAAAGAUCGAGCAAAGUCCCCACCCGUUCCCCUCCUCUCCCUUUGAGCCCAAACUUGCGUCAAAGGGUGGUUUAUAGCUCUGUGGAUGAGAUGGGAGAGGCGAAUAUCAAUCAGACUAGUGAUAACCAGACGGUGACUUUGCGCCCUCAAACCCACGAAAAAGUGCUACCAAUCCCCUUAGUGAAGGAGACACUAGACGUUUGCGAUCCACUGUUAGUGGCUAUCGGCCAAUACAUCCACACGCCAACACCUUCAAAAUACACGCAACAAAGAUCUGAUGACCGUAUUGUGCUUUUGGCGAAAAUUGCCCGAUAUACGGAUACAACCACAUCCUUCAGUUACGCGCAACAAAGAUCGCCCAGAGCUUGUAUUGGGCCAGCUCCUGCCCUCGAGAACGCGAUUCCUGAUCAAAGGCUCACUCUAGCCCCUGACCAAGGGGAUGUAGAGGCGCAUGUUGGUGAUAGCAGAGAGGAUGAGUUUGUGUCUUUGGCUUGUGACCAUGGCCCUGGCGAAAAUGACCAAAAAUCAGGUCAACCCAGCCAUUAUCCGCAUCUGUCCAUCGAGGUUCCUUCGCAUUUCCUACAAAUUGACACCGAUUCGUCUCAGUGCAAACCCGACCGAGCUUCAAGAGUGCACCAGAGCAGACAUCCUAACACAGUGUUAUCAAACGUAUCGACACCGCGAGCCGCCCGUUCCUCCUCUCGACCACCUCACAGUAUGCAUCAUCAAACUACGCCUCUUACCCCAACACGCCAUCAACACCAUCCACGAUCCGAAGUCUCACUGGCAUCUACCCUUCGCCCCGUGGGCCCGCCUCAGAUUUAUGGAAACCUUCCCUCUCCAUCUGCUUUGAGUAUUAAUCGACGUAUUCCGAGUGGAGAGGUCUUAGCUGGUUUAGAUUUUAUGGCCAAGCCUUGUGCGCGCAGGACUCCUGAUGCGUCAUUAGACUUAGAACGCAGUGAAACUCCAGAAUCGAGUGGAGCAUUUUUGUUAUCAUAA